AUGGACGAGAGUCCUCUGGGAGGAUUAGAACUGUGUGAACAUACUCCUGGUCUACUAGGGAAUAUCACCAUGGCAGCAGGUCUUGCAAAUGUAGGAAAUACAUUUGGAGGUCCACCAAGUUCUUUAGUUUCUAGACCUAAUAAAUUCCAAAACUCACCUAUAGAAGAUGAUGAUGAUGUAGUUUUUAUUGAACCUGUACAACCUCCACAAAAUUCAACAUCACUGAUAGCAGAUCAAAGGAACACUGCAUUUACAUCAUCAAAAAAUGAAGAACUUCAAGGCAAUGAUUGCAAAAUGCUUCCUCCUCCAAAAGACUUAAAUUCUCAAAAGGGCAGUAUAAGUGAAACUAUUAUUAUUGAUGACGAAGAAGACAUUGAAACAAGUCAAGGACAGGAGAAAAAUGCUUCCAGUUUUAAUGAACGAAGACUUCCAGAGUGUAAAAAUAGAACCAACGAUAUGGAAUUCUCAGCUUCCAGUUUUUCAAGAAGUAAGACCAAGACUGGUGUAGGACCUUUCAAUCCUGGUAGAAUGAACGUGGCUGGAGAUGUGUUUCAAAAUGGAGAAUCUGUGACUCAUCAUAAUCCUG